GCUCCGAGCUCACCAAGCCUGCGACCGGUUCAAGGCGUAUGGAGCGACAGCACAUAUAAGAAAAAUAUGAAGCAGCAGCCUGAAGCCUGAGCGAUGAAACUCAGCAGCCCCAACCCAACUCCACUUAACUCAGCCUCACCGAACCUGAUCUGAGACACUCAGCAACCUGAACUUGCUACAGCUCUCUGAUAUGGAAUCCUCUUCAAUUCCAGCUAGAAGGCUGUGUCAGCCACUUCACAGAUUCGGUCAAAAGCUGGUACGCAGACGAAUGCUAGAGAAAGAAGUGACUAAGACUGCCACUGACAGAAGCCUGAGCACUCUUGAUUUAGUGGCCCUGGGUGUGGGCCGCACAGUGGGUGUAGGUGUGUAUAUCCUGGUUGGUGAGGUGGCCGGUAAUCAAACAGGACCAUCCAUUGUGAUCUGCUUUUUGGUGGCUGGCCUAAUUUCAUGGUUGGCUGGACUGUGCUAUGCAGAGCUUAGUGUCUGGAUUCCCCUUUCUGGCUCUGCAUAUCUCUAUGCCUAUGUCACUGUAGGUGAAAUAUGGGCCUUCAUCACUGGCUGGAACCUCAUCUUCUCCUAUAUUGCUGAUACAGCCAAUAUUUUCUUGGCCUGGAUUUUAGCUUUUGACAUGUUUGGGUACCAGAUCUCUCAGGCCAUUAGUGAAGACAUCUUAUUGCAUUUUCCCCAGGUGCUUGUAAAGAAUCUAGGCUUCUUUAUUGGGGUUCCUGUGAUUUUGUUCAUUCUAUGCCUGACUUUGAGGUUUAGGGAUUUGAUGCUGUUAACCAAAGUGGUCACAUUGGUGAGACUUUUGAUUCUCAGUUUUGUCAUCAUCUCUGGCUUCAUUAAGGGGGACCUGCACAACUGGAAGCUCACAGAAGAAGACUACAGAAAAGAUGAACUCAAUGGCACUUCUAGCUUGGGCCCUCUGGGCUCUGGAGGAUUUGUGCCUUUUGGCUUUCCUGGGAUUCUCCAUGGAUCAGCUACCUGUUUCUAUGCAUUUAUAGGUUUCAAUAACAUUGUUAUUGAAGUUGAAAAAGCCCAGAACCACCAGCGUUCCAUCCUCAUAGGCAUUGUGAUGUCACUGCUCAUCUGUGUUUUGGUGUAUUUUGGUGUCUCUGCAGCCCUUACACUUAUGGUUCCUUACUACCAGAUUCAACCUGGGAGCACCUUGCCUGAGGCUUUUCUCCAUAUUGGCUGGGCCCCUGCCUACUAUGCUGUAGCUUUGGUAUUCCCCUGUAGUCUUUCUCUCAGACCCUUGGGUUAUAUGUCCUCCAAAGUUCAGUUGAUAUAUGUGAUGGCAAAGGAUGGCCUCCUGUUCCCUGUCUGUGCCAAAAUCCAUAUUGCCGCCUAUAUGCUCAUCACUGUGAUCCUUGGCAUUAUUGCAGCAAUGAUAGCAUUCUUCUUCAGACUUGAUGGUUUUCUGCACUUCGUGUCAGUUGGGACCCUGCUAGUUUACUCCGUGAUGGCUUUUUGUGUUCUCAUUGUCAGGUAUCAGCCUGAGAGGAAGAAGGGGGAAAAUGAAGUGCAGAUGCAGGAGUUUGGGGGAAAUCAAACACAGGGGCAGGAGGAGACUGCACCUGCAGCAGAGAAGCUGACUCUACAAAAACUCUUUUAGAGCAGCCCCACCCCCACUCCACUCUCUGGCUGGGUUGUCUAUGUUUGCUCCUCACUGCUUGUUCUGCUGCUGACUCUCCUCUGCCUGGUGCUGGUCCACUGGCCAAGUCUACUUUCUGGAGACCCAGUGCCAAUCACAGUGGUUGUGCUGCUCCUGGUGCUCAUCACUGGGAUCACUGGAGUCAUCUGGAGACAGCCACAGAGCUGCACUCCCCUGCCCUUUAAGGUCCCUGGUGUGCCUCUCUUUCCACUCCUGAGCAUCUUUGUGAAUGUUUUCCUUAUGAUGCAGAUGUCAGCUGCCACCUGGGCCACAUUUGGUGUCUGGAUGUUGAUUGGGAUUGUUAUCUACUUCACGUAUGGAAUCCAGCACAGCUGGUUGCAAAGCCCCACUGAAGUAAGGGCCCAAACUCUAGACUCUGAACUCAGCAGUGCCAAUACAUGUUUGAUUUGACAUCAUUACCCCAAAUGCUGUCUGGUCCUCUGCACAAUAACAGAGAGUACUCCUGAGCACAUGUAAAGCUAUGCCUCCCAUGACAUGUUGGUGGGAGAAUGCUAAUAGAGCUCUGUAUUCAUUGUGUAUGAAGGAUGUGUCUUUAAUCUCCCCCCCCUUUUUUUCUUUCUCCUUUCAGUUGUGUCUGUAGCUGUUU